CGAGCAGCAGCAGUUUGGCACACUAGGAAGCUGUGAAGUCAACACGCGUGAUCUCCCGGACUUGGACCCAGUUUUCGCGCUCGCGCCAGCCAUCGUAACCAACCGUGUGGUGUGUGUGUGCGCUCCAGUAGUGCUAACCCCGGAAUUCGGACUUUUUACGCUGUGAUCGUGUUGUUCUGCGUGCCCCGUUCUAAUCCCACUGCUGACCCCACUGUACGCGCGUACGUACUAAACCGCCAAAAUAAAGCUCAAAAUGGACGGAUCCUCGGUGAGCCCCCUACCGUGCGAGGCUCCACUGGCGAUGAUGGAAAGCGAAAAGACGCCACCGAGAAGCCCGAGUCAGCACGACAUGCCACCGCCACCGGACGAGAAGAGGUACGACGAUGAUGAUGAUCGCGUCUGGAACUGCGGGGCCUGGUUCGAGUACAUCCUGGUCGUCGUCGUUUCCUCGAUCCUGCUCAUUGCCGCCUCGGUGCUGACCAUCUUCUGGACGAUCUACUACCGCAAGGGCUUCAACAUGGACGACCCGAAGCUGCAGUUCAACCUCCAUCCCGUGCUGAUGAUCGGCGGUUACAUCACGCUGUCCGGAUUUUCCAUCAUACUGUACCGGAUUUGCCGAUGCUGCUCGCACUUGAUCGUCAAGCUGUGCCACACCUUCUUCCACGCCUGCUCCAUACCGUGCAUAGUGAUCGGCUUCAUGGCCGUCUGGGACUCGCACAAUCAGCAGCAGAUUCCGAACUUUUACUCGCUCCACUCCUGGCUUGGCAUGAUCACGAUGGGCCUGUUUGCGCUCCAGUUUGUCUUGGGAUUCUUCAGCUUCCUCAUCCUGCUGUGCUGUGAGAACGCAACCUACAAGUUCCGUUCCACAAUGGUUCCCAUCCAUGCCGCCUUCGGUGUGGUCACGUUUAUGCUUGCCAUCGCCACCGCUGUUACCGGAUUGACCCAGAAGGCCCACUUCGAGCUUGGAGAAAACUACAAGGAAACCAUCGAGGAAGGGAUCAUCAUGAACUCGAUCGGCGUGAUUCUGACGGGCCUGGGCAUCAUCAUUCCGUUCGCCGUGCGACGUUCGAACUCGCCGGCCAACUGCAAGGUCUACGUCACCGAGCGCAUCUAAAUAAGCAAUUUUGAUAAAUCCAUGAACUAAAUGCAUACACGAUGCUGGCGUGCGACACGCCGGAAGCUGGCUUAUUUUAUGGGCCACAAACCACGGGAGGAGUGCGAAGCUCAGUAGAUAAGGUAUUGAUGCCGAACGAAUGAAUGCCGAUUGGCUAACGUAAUCUAAGCGAAGUGAGAAGAUCUAGCGGAUGUGUCCCACAAAUGCUUUUUUAUUUAUCAAACGAGAGUUAGUGAACACUCAGUAAAUUCCGGCCCCCACCGGGACGUUGUGUGUGAGCAUUUUAAGCAAUCAUUCCUCUACCGUACUACUGCUACAGGGCGUACCGUGAACCGUGUUGCCCUAUUCCGUUCCCGCUUGCUCUAGUUUUUGUACGUUGAUGUUAUUUGAAGAAGGAUGGCAAGCAAAACCGAAAAAAAUGUGUGAAAAAGGGUGACGAAAGGGAUGUCUGAGCAAUGCUAUUUAUUGACACACAUUGAUGGGACAGCAUGCACCAUCUAGAUAGAGUUUACUUUUGAGCAUCGAUUUUCUAGAACGGAGACAACGCUAAAAAGUUGCCCUUCAACCUGCCCGCUCCCUUUGAACAUCCAAAGCAUAAAUGAUUAAAUAUAGUAGCAGCUCUUAAACAACAAUCAUAAUUCAACCAAUCUUCGCCAACCGGCGUCGCAUUGAGCUAUUUCGUGGAUGAAAACCGAAGCAUAAACAAGCAUCGAAUCGAGAGAAUAAAAACCACACACAUUUAACCGAUAAUAUGAUACAAUUUCUUCGACUCAUAACGCGCCAGCCGAUAAGUGGAGCUAUUCGUAAGUAGACGAAUAGUCUUAGCGAAAGAUAAACGCAUAAAGUACAUACAGAAAUCAUUUAGCAAAAAAGUUAGUGAGUAAGCUAAAUAAAUCAAACGAAUCCAAUCCAAACCCAGUGCAGAAGAACUAGUGGUAGUGCAACACAACCGGAACAGGAACAGACAACGUUGUCCACACUCGGUGGAAGGACUCGCCGGACUCGUUGGAACACUUUUCUUUGCUCCACGCCGUGAUGUGAACAUUUGCUCAUUUAAUGAAACGGAAUUGACUUUAACUGUUCUCUACUUCCAAUCAAUCGAACCAUCGGGAUUUCAGUAAAUAGCUAAACUGUUUUGCUCAACAUCUAAAAACCUAAACCGUUUUAAUGCAAUCUCUGUGGAACUGAACCACAAAUUGUUUUGAACCGAUGCAAGGCGCAUCUCCAAGGAGGUGCCAAUUUACAAAACCAACAUAUACAUAUAUUAAAGAAAAAAAAAAACAAGAUGUGUGUUCAAUCUAAAGUAUAAACUAUAUAAAGGCGCGCAAGGCGAAAACGAAAUCAAACUGAAUGUUCAACGUAACGAUGUGUCCAAAUGGGGGAAAAAGUAUCAACAGCAGAACCGAUGCUGGCGAGCGGUGCGGUAUGGCUGGCUAACCUGCGCGAACACCGUGACACGUGCUUUUUUUUGGCGAGAUGCGUGUGCGCGUGAAGAAAGGAAAACCCACCGCGUUUUUUCAACACCUUCUCUUUACACAGAACGCGGAACGGCUCGUGGAAGGGAGCCCGUGGUAUGGCCAAAACGGAUAGCUACAUUGCAUUAAAAUAAACCCCGAAAAUAUAUAGCGAAAACAUAGUGUAGCGAGCGAUGUAAUCAGACAUUUGAAUCAUAUAUAUUUAUGUAGUUCAUAAAGUCCUUCAAAAUCUCGUCAAAUUCACUCUCACACAAUGUUUAGUAGGAACCGAACACUGUUAUUUGUUUCGUCGUUAUGUUUGUUCGUUUUACAAUUAGUACGCCAUACGGAAGAGAAUCUACAACGGUGCGUGGUACAAAAACGAAUGGCAGACCAACACUUUUACAACUUGCAAGUUUUUGAAGGGGGGGAAUCGCGGAAUCUCAACCACCUACCGGUAAAUACAUUAUUAGACGCCAGAAUUUAAACAAAAAAAACAUUGAUAAAACAACAAAACCUACCAUCCGAACACGAACACAGUACAAUGCGAACACGAUAUUAAAGGGCAAUAUUUAUGUACCGAUAAGUUUGUUGAUCAGUUGAUUCGUCGUAAUCCGCGCAAGUGCUCAAAAAUUGCGUGACCCACUUUUCGUAUGGCCGGGCGUUUCGUCGUUACUUAGCUUAAAACUGCAAUAACGGAAGUGGUGGAAGUGCACACAGUAAUCUCUAGCGCGAACCGUUUUUUAUACAAAAGUACGACGGAAACCGAUUUUGCUAUUGUCUCAUUUCCUAGCAAAAUGUUACAGAUAACCAACAGUGGACAACUCAUUUCAUACAAUAAACACACGUAUAUGUAUAAUAAAUGACUCUGUAGGAAACGGUAGCGUCUUCUGAUGUCUUUCACUUCCAUUCUGCGUGGAUUCUUUUCCAGCCAGUUCUUUUUCACUUUUGUAGUUUUGCAGUCAAGAAGUUAAGGUUCAAGUCUUCUCAUUCGCUUGGCACUAGGUUUAGUUAUGUAGUUCGCCCAUCGCUACCAAGUUAGUGUCAUAACCUCGGCUUAUUUGUCAGCUUUUU